CACCCCUGACCGCACCGUGCAACCCGUGCUCUGCUUUGCUCUCACGCGUAGGCUCGCGCUUUCCAACAGCGGCGCACAAUCACACUCAAACGCUUUUAGCGGAUUUUUGUCUCCGGUGCUUCGCCAUGCGCGUCGGCCAUCGCGGAUCUCAACACCUGAACUUUUGGAAAGAGGGGUCCCGGAGCGCGCAGGGUGCUCAGCGCAGGCGACGCGGUUACAACUGACUAUAGAGCGCGCCUGUCCGGCAGUGACUAUGUGAAGUUAUUUGUAUGACAAGAAGAGACCAAGGUUAGGGUCACCAAGCAGGUAGCUGACUCUGUGGGCACGGACAAUGGAAACCUUUAGUGUGUCAGUGAACGCUGUGUCCUACACUGUGUCACCUGAACUCUUUACCACUGAUGAUCCCUUUAAUGGACCCAUCAAGAACAUCGCGCCGUGGAACUUCACCAUCUUGGCCGUUCUCAUGUUUGUGGUCACUUCGCUGUCUUUAACCGAAAAUUUCCUGGUCAUGUUUGUCACUUUCAAAUUUAAACAACUCAGACAGCCACUGAAUUACAUUAUAGUUAAUCUGGCCAUCGCCGACUUUCUAGUCUCCCUCACCGGUGGACUAAUAAGUUUCCUGACUAACGCCAGGGGUUAUUUCUUCCUCGGGAAGUGGGCUUGCGUCUUGGAGGGAUUUGCAGUUACUUUUUUCGGGAUCGUGGCCCUCUGGUCCCUGGCUGUUCUGUCCUUUGAACGGUUCUUUGUGAUCUGUCGGCCACUGGGGAACAUCCGACUGCAAGCGAAGCAUGCGAUCCUUGGUCUGCUGUUCGUUUGGACCUUCUCCUUCGUCUGGACCUUCCCUCCAGUGCUGGGAUGGAACAGAUACACUGUAAGCAAGAUUGGAACCACCUGUGAGCCCGACUGGUAUUCAACCAACAUGACAGAUCACAGCUACAUCCUCACUUUCUUCGUCACCUGUUUCAUUUUGCCUCUUGGAGUGAUAUUCUACUGCUAUGGAAAGCUCCUCCGGAAGCUCAGGAAGGUAUCUCACGGUCGUCUGGCCACUGCCAAGAAACCUGAGCGCCAAGUGACCCGCAUGGUCGUGGUGAUGAUUGUGGCAUUCAUGGUGGGUUGGACACCAUACGCAGCCUUCUCCAUAUUGGUCACAGCCCAUCCAACCAUUGAACUUGAUCCAAGACUGGCUUCUAUCCCAGCCUUCUUCUCCAAGACAGCUGCCGUCUACAAUCCAAUCAUCUAUGUCUUCAUGAACAAACAGUUCAGGAAGUGUCUUAUCCAGCACUUCACCGGCGUGGGGACCAUCCCAGAGAGCAACCUGAAUCAGACCACAGAUCGACCUGGGAUCACUGCCGAGAGUCACACGGGAGAAAUGUCAGCCAUUGCGGCUCACAUCCCCGUGGGCAGCACUACAUCGCCCAGAUCGGACUUCAGAUCUGAUUCUCCCACCGACUGCGGUUCGUUUGCUCAGCUUCCCAUCCCAGAGAACAAAGUGUGCCCAAUGUAACAACACAGUUCACCCCAGUAGGUGUUCUCUUUCCCUGAGAGUACAUAGACACCCUUGUGUAAAAACCCCUCAUCGCCUGCAUUUCAAGGAUAAUUAAGGGUAAAGACAAGACAAGAAAUUUUAUGGUCCAGAGUGUUCUGGCAGAUGUUCAGUAUACGACUGAAAAAGAGACUGAGGGGAAAGAACUGUAGAGACUGAAAUUUCAGAGCUUUACCCUGUAGAUAUCUUGUAAAUAUUUGCUUGCCAUUGCUCCUGUGUCCUGUUAUUCAAGAACGUCUUGGAUGUUCUCUUGACCAUCACCGCACAACAGAGGGCACUUGAUAAUAAUAAUAAAAAAAAGGUACAUCAAAACCCACAAACCUUGACAUCAGUUAGUUGAGGGCUAGCCAGUGUGUUUCAAAUAUCACAAUGCAUCCAGCCUUUCAUCUUGUCCUCGCCUUCUCCUUUGAAGCCCCAUGAUGGUGCCUGCAGAGAAAGUGUUGUUUUUCUAUGCUGUUUCAGUAUUUGCUUUGGCAGCAAUCUUCAUUCAUCUCUGCUCUCAAACGGACGGAGCAGUCUCUGAAUUUGAAUAUUUUUUUUUUCCUUUAGUGUAUCCCGCGUAAACUAGUUUGGGUCAAAGCUUUUAUCUUUUGCAAAGAUGGUCAAGAGGGCUUCGAGAUGCCUGUCUCCUUUUUGCCUCUGUUGUAGAUAUAGGAGGACAGCAUGUUAAUGUAGUGCCAGCAGAGGAUCAGCACAUCUAUACACACACACUGCAGAUCACUGCUGGUUUUAUGGUAAGCUCACUAUAGGAGCUGUGAUGAAAUGCACCAAUAACUAUAUCACUAGCACAAGGGUGGCUUUGCUAGUUAGCCAUGUUUAAAAGCAAUGAGUGUUCCAUCACAAGCACAGUUCAACAGCAAUAUUGAAGCUAGAUACUGUCACUUUUGAGGACUUCAGCAGUAGCUACAGUAGAUGUAGCAGUCAGUGUUGCAGUAUGUCUUCUACUUGAUUUUGUGGUGCAUGUUCAUUCACUAUUACUGGGUAUUUGUCAAAAACACUGUUGUAUGCUAAGCAGUGACUCACUGGGUUUCAAAAAGUGUCGGUAUGGUGUUCGUUUCCAGUGUGUGUGUUUCAUUCAUGUGUGGUCAGGAGUAAAAGGAGUAAAAUCCAGCAUUUUUAAGCAUCAGUGCAUCUGUGUCAAGUUAACUGUGACACCUUGGUGUAAUCAGCGUAACAACAACAGACCGUGCUGAAGAGGACUGUCACAUUAGCUUCUGUCUUGUCAAAGAUUUAAUGACUCUCGCUUUGUUGUCAGGUCCAAAAAAACUUUAGAAACAUGUCUUUGGAACUUAAACCUGCAUUAAUCAAUAUUUGUGCCAAGAGUGAAUAAACUGUGUGUGUUGUUAAAAGGUCACUGUGCUAAAAACCACUGAAGACCUCUGUUCUUUUUAGCUUCUUUAGCUUGUGGCUUUAUUUUCAGAGCUGCUAACUGUCUGUGGUUCAGUUUCAGAAACAGAUUGCUGAUUUCAGUAAAAGGAAAAACAAAGUCAUGUAACCAGCUGUAUGCUACCUGGGCAGGAGCGUGCAAGACUUCUUUACUAAAAUAUCUCAAAGAAAAAAGAGCUGGUAAUUUUUGUGGACAAAAUUGGGCAAUUCAGAUUUCAUGCAAAGUCAACUUAGAGCAAUAUAAAGUAAAAAAAAAAAAAGGUGACAUUAUUACCUGUAGAGAUUCAGUUUUCCACCAGAGUUGGCCUUUUUUUUUCUUUCUUUAUAUAUUAUCAAUUUUUCUUUGUUUACACCACACUCAGGUCUGUCAGAAAUUUUUAUGUCAUUGUGUUUAAUUACUGAAUUACAGUAUGUUCUUCUUGUAUGACAACAUUUCGUGUGUGUGUGUGUGUGUGUGCGCGUGCGCGCGUGUGUGUGCAUUAUCUAUAUUAGAAUCUGCCACUUAACAGAUGGGUUGCAAGAGCAGCCUCGAUAACAAAAUCGAGUGGAUUAUAAUAAUCAUUUUAGUCUGAAGAUUUCACUUUUAAUUAAUAUCACUUCCACUGGGUCGAGGAUUUACAUACAAAGUUCACUGUGGCUUACAAUUCUAACGUGUUGGUUGGUUGACACAAUUUGACUCAAGUGGCGAUAUUAAGGCCGACUUUCAAACUUGCAUUUCGACAAAAAGAAAUCAGCCGAGAACCUCCACAGGUGAUCUUUUGGAGCAAGUUAAGUCACAACUUCUGUCACCAAUUUUGGGGCAAGUCAAACUUUAAAUAGCAAAACGGACCUUAUGAAGAUGCUGAAGUGAAAAAAACAAAACUACAACUACAAGAAAAAGAAGAACACAGGUUAAGGAGCGUGUGAUUUGUCAGCCUGAUAUUAUAAAAUCACUGCAAUGAAAAAACAAACAAAAAAACAAAAAACGAUUCUCCAGCGUUCAUUGGAUAGAGCCAAGAAACUGCCAGGAAUAAGUGAUGCAAGUGGUGACAUCCAGCAAUGAUACCAAAAUCAGUUUUAAUGAAAUAUAUGAUCAGAGGAGAUAAGGAAUACUGGAAUAUGUUUAAAUUAAAAGGCUAAAGCCUAAACCUUACCAUUUAGUAUUCUUUACAUGCAAUUUAAUUGCAUUUUGUAGUUUAGAGUGUUUUGGAAAACUAUAAAUUAUGACCAAAAGGCAGGUACAAAUGUUUCAUGCACUGAUUUGUGUGUUUGCACUGUUAAUAAAUGAUGGCCAAUGUUAAAAAUACUGAUGGGGUGGAUAUAAACGUUUUAGGCCCUGGGAAUGUGAUGAAAAAUAAUAACUAUCCUUUAUAACUCUGAUAUUUUGAAUUGUUAAAGUAAUGAUCCUGACUGACUGAAGACGGGGAAUUUCUUAUUUUUUAUUUUGGGGGGGAGGGGGGUUAACCUUAAAAAAUAAACAAACAAACAAACAAACAAACCCUUCAAAAACAGAACUGAGUUCCAAUAUAUUUCACUUCCACACUAUUAUCCCUCUUGGUUAGCACACUGGUUUCCUUUAAUAUGUGUCUGGGUAACUCAGUAGCCAAGCGGUUAGGAUGCAUCCCACAUGAGUGCAAAGACAGUCAGCUCUGACUACUGAGAGGAGUGAGAGGAGAACCAGAGAGCAGCGAUUUCAAACAUGUUCAUGUGUGCAACAGCGUUUCUAAAGAUGUUUGAUGGCUCACAUGUGAAUGACAAGAUGUUUGUGCAUCAGUAUCACAACUGCUCAGCUACUCGACUACCAUCUAUGGUUGUCAAAAAUCCCAACUUCGUGUUUUAAGUGUCAGCACUCAGCACCCAUAAGCAUUCUUUUAAUGUUUCCCUAAGCUGUGCCGCACCUGACACAUACACAAUGUUCAGCAGCAGUAGAUGCAGCAGAUGCAUAUAGUGACUUCACCUUGAAGAUCACACAGGCUAUAAAUCAAACAAACCUGCCUGUGUUACAUUUUGGUGCAAAGGAUUACAGACUGCACUGAAUGCUGAUGAGGGGAAGGGGAAGCAUUCUUAGAUGGGUUAAAUCUCCUAUUUCUCACCUCUUUACAGUGAAUUUCACAUUGCUGCAUCUGUUUGUUGUGUACUACUUGUAGAGGCAUGUCAAGAAUUGUUCAGCUGUUUGUUUGUGGUUUCAUGAGUACUACUGUACAAGUCAUAGAUGCACUGUGGUUCUAAAAAUGUGUGUAUUAAAGUAUAUACAUAUUUUUUGAAAAGCA